CAAUUGCACCACGAACUCACGGUGUCAAUCCCACAAUACAAUGGCCUCGAUACCCUUACACUCGAUACCACGAUUUCUCCUCCCGCGGGGUCCUCACCUCCUCCGCCCCCGCGCACACCCUCUCCUCCCCAUCACAGCAUCCCUCCGCCAUGCAUCCACAACGCCGCGGCCAAGGACGCUCGCAGAGCAGCUCCGCAACAAGCAGCCCGUGAUCCCCCAGCCGGACAAGUACCGGCCCCCCUCACACGGAAAGAGGACCCCGCGAAGCGAAACGCAGCAGAAGAGCUAUGGACCAAAGCUCACCGCCGAAGACAAGCAGCGCAUGCGCACGAAGAAGUAUCCCAACAUGAUGAGUCCGGAAGGAACUUUCUCGCAUUGGUUCUUGAACAACAAGGCGAUUCACUUGUGGAUUUCAAUGGGUAUUCUCGUAACUCUGGCGAUCGCGGCUUGGUACAUGGACUUCAUGUCCAAGACGAUCUUCGGGGAUCAGGUUCCCGAUAAGAAGGAUUUCCUGCGCCAUCCGAUUGAGAGCGCGUCGCGCUUCAUUGACGUCUAUAAGAUGCACGUAGCGCAUGAGAGCGAGAUUGCGAAGCAGAAGCGCCUUAAGAAGGCUGAGGAGGUCGAGAAGAGGAAGCAAUACCGUCUUGAGAGGAUACGGGAGGCUGAGGAGAGGGGCGAGGAGUACCAGGAGGACCCUAGGUACUACGUUGGCGAGGAUGGUAUAAGGAGGAGAAAGGUGAAGAGGUGGUUUGGUAUCUGGGAGUAGGUUGUUGUGCAGAAAUGGUGUAGGGCAAGAGUCAAUACGAUGCUAGAAGCAAAGGAUGAUGGAAACGCGCAACAAAUGGCCUACCGAUUUGGAAGCUUAUGUGGCUAUGGUCUCGCAUAUAUUUGUAACAAUUACGAUCUAUAGAGUUGCUGGAAUGCAGACUAUGGACGAACUGUAAAAUUAGAAUAGUCACGAUGGAUAUAGAGUAUGCAGUACAUAUCAGCGUUGUAAAUUAUGAAUGCUCAUACAUUUGGGUAUCUGUGUAAUCGUUUAUU